AUGCGUAUCUUUUGCCCACGAACUGUCCGUCAGUUACCGAAAAUAGUCUCUAGUUGCCCACACUCUCCACAUACCUUUCUCCGAAUCCGUGCUAAGCCCCAGCACUAUCGUCCAGUAUCAACAUCAGCAUCAACAAAUCUCAACUCCGAUCCCAUCUGUAAAGGCAAAGUAGGCGCGAGCUCCCUAGCAGGCAAAAAGUGUCUUGUCACAGGCGCAUCACGUGGCAUUGGGAAGGCCAUCGCGGAGCGGUUCGCGAAACAGGGGGCGCGCUGCGUGUUAGUGGGGAGGAGUCACGCUACCUUGGAAGGCGUGAGAGGGGAAUUAGAAUGCUUUGACGGAAAGAGCCAUGAUAUUGUUGUUGGGGACGUUGGGGAUGCUAAAUUUUGGGAAGGGUUUAGGAGAGUGAGGGACAUAGAUAUUCUUGUCAACGCCGCAGGAGUAACGCACCACUCCCCUUGCGUUCUCACUUCAGAAAAUGUUAUAGAGGAAGUCUUGAGGACGAAUUUACUAGGCACUAUGCUAGGUUGUCGGACUGUGGGAAAGGGGAUGAUGGCUAAUCGCGACGGAUGUAUUAUCAAUGUGGCCUCACUGCUAGGGUUGAAGGGCGGACGCGGAAGCGCUGCUUAUGUCGCAAGCAAAGCAGGUGUGAUAGGGUUCACCCGUGCAUUAGCAGCAGAGUUGGGUGAGAAGCAAGUCCGGGUUAAUGUCAUCUUGCCUGGGUAUAUCGAGACAGACAUGACCGCAGGCAUGGCGCCUGAAGCGCGCUCUGCGGCAUUGAACGCCAUACCUUUGAAGCAUUUUGGACAAGCUUCGGAUAUUGCCGAUGCUGCCGAGUUUCUCGCAACAAAUAAAUACGCAAACAAUUGUGUUCUGAAUCUUGACGGGGGGUUGAGUGCUACCUGA